AUGGUGGUUAGUAAGGCAAAAUCUGGAGUGGGUUGGGUGGGUUUAGUGGUUGUUUGGGUUUGGUUGUGGAGGAGAGGGAGUGGAGUUGAGGGUUGGUUGCUGUCAAAUAAAGAGAGGAGGGAAGAGAGACAAAGAGAGAGAGAAAGGGAGGAGGGUGGGACAGUGGUGCUGAGGGUGGGUGAGGAUAGGGUGCAGCUGUUGGAGGUCUGA